AGGACUAUAAAAGGUUUAUUUAAAACUAGGUUUUAACUUAUCAUCCAAGAUUUAUCGUUAAGUAUAACGUACGAACAUGAAAGUGUUUCAAAUACUGUCAGUGCUACUUUAUAUACUGAAUGGAAUAUCAGGAUUCAUACUGGACGAUUUCUCCACGACAAAAGGUUUAACUGCGACCACACCUGCACAGCCCAACUGUAAAAUUGACGUGUUCGAGAACUGCACAAAUGAUUUUACAUCCCUUGUAAACGUCACAGGAAAUGGUGAUGUUACCUUUGACAGGCAGGGUUUGUUGGAUUUCUAUUGCGGUACUGGUGUUGCGGAAUCAAUACAGUGCCUGAGAGACAAUUUAGAUCCAACAUGUGGUCCAAAUACUGACGCCGCAGUCAUUAACUCUACACUGUCCAAUGUUCCACCCAAUUUCUCGUACGAUAAAGUUUGCCGUAAUGCGACAGAUUAUAACGAGCUUCUUUCUUGUCAACUACUUCUUCCAAAUAUUCAAGGCUACAUUGAUUGUAUUACUGGUGAAACAUUGAACAAGACUUUAGAUCCUACAGACACAUGCAAGUUUUUCGAGAGUACGUUAGGAUGCUCAUACAAAUACACAGAACUGAUGUGUCCUGAUUCUAUUGGUGCAUUCAAAGAAAACGCAAAAAGCACUGGAAAUUGUAAUCCGGACUUUGAAAACAGUCAAGAGGCGAGUGCAUGUGACGAAAAUAUGCAGGAAGCAUGCUCUGUAGCUUAUAAACCUCCAUCAAUGGUAAACUCAUCAGCUACGGAAAUUGCAAACUUUAUAUGCAGCAAAAGGAGCCUUGAAUAUCAAUGGUGUCUUCGUAAAGUAUUCGAAUUGUGUAAGGAUAAAAAUGGUUUCGACUUUUCUUCGAUUAGCAGCGGUAUUCUGCAGUACGAAACCCAGACGGCCUUGUAUUGUUCCGACGACAAAGAGAUCAGAGAACUGACGAAGUGUCAGUCAAUGUUUCCUAAACUCAGUGCCUUCCAAGAGUGUGUCACUGGAAAAACGUUGAACGAAACAAUUGACCCUGCUGAUCAGUGCAGAUUUCUCAAGAAUUCAGUCGGAUGCUCGUAUAAGUACACUGAUCUGAUGUGCCCAGAAGAUUUGGAUAUUUUUAAUAAAACUGUUGCUAUUCCGCCGAAUUGUCCGCAAGACAUUGAUUUGAUUAAAACGGUCACCACUUGCGACAAUAACACAGACCAAGCCUGCAGCGCUGCAUAUAAUCCACCUACAACCAACGAUCCAGAAGAAUAUGUUGAGUUUAUAUGCACUAGAAGAGCAAAAGGAUAUACCACCUGUCUACAGAAAGUACAUACACUGUGCCAUUCUACUAACAUUGACGUCUCCGCGCUAUUAAAACAAUCUCAGUCCAGCGAAAAUCAAACAGAGAUCAUAUGCGCCGACAAAACUAGUUACAAAGCGUUUGCAAAAUGCUUAACGAGUUUCGUGGUUUCGAACGAAUAUACAAAAUGUGCAUCAACGGUUGCCUCUACUAAUGCUUGUAGUAUCCAUGUAUGCAAUCUGAAUUCCAUCAAGAAGACAUGCCCCACAAGCGAACAAUUCUACAAAAAGCUUAACUAUGAUGCUUUGGUGGAAUGUAAUUUUAUGACUGCCUCAGGGACUCUUGUUAUACCAAUGGUUUCUUCUUCGAGCAGUAGUCUACAACUUUCAAUGCUUACAUUUAUCGCUGCUAUCUUGAAUGCUUUCGUUCGUUUUAUCUAGAUUUGACAGGCCAAUCAUAUUUGUCAGAAACUUGCAAAUAAAAUUCAAAUUUGUUUGCUAAAACACUAUUCAGAUGUUUAAGAUAACCGCAGAAAUUUUAGAUUGUUCAUAUUAAUGGUACACCACGGAUUGCACCCAUGACUGCCGAUUUUAUAAUGUUCACCUUGUCAUUUUUAUGUUUUAAUCUUUUUACCCUAAACUAUCCAUUGGGUUUCUUUUUCGAAUGUAUAUCGCAUUAUAUUAUAGCAAUUUAGGUUCAUUCAUAUCAGGGCUAUCGUCUAUCGUCUAUUGUAUUAAAAUAUUGAAUAACCUUAAAGAAGAAGCCGAUGUAUAAUAACUAAUUUUUUAACGUUUUGUUUGUGUUUCUUAGUGUUGUUCGCAUUGCCAAUGAGGAAUUAAUGCAUUUGACAAUUUACAGUCAGAAAGUAACGUAAGCAUCCACCAUUUGAA